GCGAGGCGAGGCGGCGGCGGGGCGGGAGCGGCCGCCAUGUCCAAGCACGUUUUCCUCACGGGACCCCCAGGGGUUGGAAAGACUACUUUGAUCCAGAAGGUCUGUCAAGCUCUAAAAUCCACAGGGGUUCCCAUUGAUGGAUUUUACACAGAGGAAGUCCGAGAAGGUGGCAGGAGAACAGGAUUUGAUGUUGUCACUCUGUCUGGAAAACGAGAACCUUUAUCUAGAGUCAGUUCUGAUUCUUCUUCUUCAAGACGUGAAUAUCGAGUUGGACAAUACGUCGUAGACGUUGUUUCCUUUGAGCAGUUGGUUAUUCCUUUGCUGAGAAAUGUAAAUCUUGGCAGUGAUGCAGAGAAAAAAAUUUGUGUCAUAGAUGAGAUUGGUAAAAUGGAGCUCUUCAGCCAGUCUUUUAUUCAAGCCAUUCGUCAAACACUGACUGCUUCAGGAACCGUGAUACUUGGAACUAUUCCAAUACCCAAGGGAAAGCCGCUGGAUCUUGUUGAAGAAAUAAGAAGUAGAAAAGAUGUUAAAGUGUUCAAUAUUAAUAAGGAAAACAGAAACAGCAUUUUGCAAGACAUCUUGGCAACGGUGGAAUCCUGCAGAAAAUGAAGACCCUUCUCUUGCCUGUAAACACUAAGCUUUUAUUUUUACAAAACAUUACAACGUUUUGCAGGUCUUUUAGUCUGUCCUUCCUGUGUAAGCCGCUGGAGGGUUUACUGGAGCCUCCAGGGUAAGCAGGAUAAAGCUGGUAAUACUUGAAAAUGUGAAAAUGAUAUGGUAGGAUUCUUGUUUAUUCAGUUCACAGGCCUAUCAAAAAAUUGAAGAGACCUGUAGUUAACAUCAAAUUCUAAUCUGGAUAUUUGAAAGUUGAGUGGCUGACUCUGAUGCUAGUUAUACCAUGCAAAAGCAAUUAGCUGUCAAAUAUACUGGAGCUAUGUCUGACAGAGAUCUUAAUUCUUCAGCAUGUGACAUGGACUGUUCUGUCUAGAGAGCAUUUUGAUGUGGGUAAAGCCCCCACUGAGUAAUGUGCAUUGAAUAACUGCAGCUUAGUCCUACUCUGAUGGAACAGAAAUAUACCGCAAAAGUGUGUGCACUCUGCCUGGUUUAUGUCUCUGUUAACUUCAGCCCAGUUUAGGUGUGUCAGAAGAGUGUGUUUCAGCAUGGCUGCUGAUGGCUCAGAAGAUGGAAGAAAUAACCUGAUUUCCCAGCACACCCUCUUCAAUUGCAGUAUAAGAAGGGUUACCUAAAAUUGCAAGCAAAUUUACUGUAAUCCUGAGUGGAACUUGCAAAAUGCUACUUAAUAAAGGAAAAUAACCAGCUCCACCCUCUUCUUAAGUAGCCCAGACAAUAGCUGAUAAAAAAAGGUUGUAUUUUUAUGUUAAUUUUGAAGUUUCUGAUGGCAAUCCUCUUCUCAUUCCCUAAAAAAAAAAAAAAAAAAAAAAAAAAAAGGUCCAUGAAGCAUAGUCAAAUCAAAAUCAUCACAUAUGCUUUUCAUGCAGAAUUUAAUAGAUCAGGAUAGACUAAAUUCUGCAUUUGUCUGUAUAGGUUGUACAAUCCAUUAUGGUUCAUUAAUAUUUACUUUUUUUUCCUUCUUAUUCAGUUCUGUGCGUGCUUCAUGGUUAAUGGUGAAAUGAGAAGUGUUUGAAAGUAUUAGACAAUGUAUUUCCCUAGGAGGUUUGCAAAUGUGUUCAGAAAAAGUGCUACCACUUAAUCAGUUUUGCAUGUUGUGAAAAUAGAGUUCCCUCCCAGGUGCACACUUGUUCAUUGUAUGAUUUAUGGUGGUCUCGGGCUGUAAAAAGAUAUUAAGAAUUCAGUCUUCUCUGUUUUUAACUUUUUUUUUUUCUGUUCAACAACUGUUAAAAUGAGCAUAGUAUUUAAAGACAUUUUCAAACAUC